AUGUUUUUUCUCACUUUUCUGCCUUAUCUAGAAUGGACAAUGACAGGAAAUAUGAGUGUCGCACGAUAUGGGCACACAGCAUCCACAUUAGUAAGUGGAUCAGUAUUAGUUGCUGGUGGAUACAAUGGUUCUAUUCUGGAUAGUGCUGAAUUGUACAAUCCAUUAACAGGCACUUGGGCAACUACAGGAAGCAUGAGUGGCAGACGAAAAUGGCACACAGCAUCCACCUUAUUAAAUGGAUCAGUAUUAGUUGCUGGAGGGAACAACGGUGGUAAUCUGAAUAGUGUUGAAUUGUACAAUCCAUCAACAGGCACUUGGACAACUAUAAGAAACAUGAGUGUCGCACGAGCCUCUCACACAGCAUCCGUAUUAGCAAAUGGAUCAGUAUUAGUUGCUGGUGGAUACAACAGCGGUGUUACUGCUCUCAAUAGUGCUGAGUUGUACAAUCCAUCAACAGGUAUUUGGACAACCACAGGAAACAUGAGUGCCGGACGAGAAUAUCACACAGCAUCCGUAUUAGGAAAUGGAUCAGUAUUAGUUGCUGGUGGAAGCAACAGCGGUUUUAGUUAUCUCAAUAGUGCUGAAUUGUACAAUCCAUCAACAGGCACUUGGUCAACCACAAGAAACAUGAGUGUCGCACGAUAUUAUCACACAGCAUCCACAUUACCAAAUGGAUUAGUAUUAGUUGCUGGUGGAACCGACAACCUUUUUAGUUACCUCAAUAGUGCCGAAUUGUACAAUCCAUCAACAGGCAGUUGGACAACCACAGGAAACAUGAGUGACAUACGAUUUUCUCACACAGCAUCCUCAUUACCAAAUGGAUCAGUAUUAGUUGCUGGUGGAUCUAACGGUGCUGGUCUCAAUAGUGUUGAGUUAUACAAUCCAUCAACAGGCACUUGGACAACCACAGUAAAUAUGAGUAUCGCACGAUAUUAUCACACAGCAUCCACAUUACCAAAUGGACAAGUAUUAGUUGGUGGUGGAACCUACAACGAGAUUAGUGCUCUCAAUAGUGCUGAGCUUUUUUAA